AUGUUGCGAAUAAGCUUAGGCGCGUCCGUUGGCAUUUUGCGUAGAGGAUCGCGGCAAGCGUCCGUAGCGUCGCGGAUUAUAAUCGGUGCGGCGGAGGCCGAGCGAUCGCUGAUUAGGUGGAGCGGCGGAGGCGGCGGCGCGGGUGAGGGGCGCGGCGGCAGCGGAGGGGCCGGAGGGGGCGGUGUGCGUGACGGAUCAUGGCGGAGCGGGGCGCCGCGGGCGAGCGCGUUAAACGGCGCCGGGCGGGGCCUGGGGCGGGCCCAGGCCGGGGCGCGGUGCGACGCGGCGGGGCGGUGCGGGGCGGCGGGGCGGCCGGGCGCGGCGCUUUGCACUCGGGCGCGCACACUCGCUCCGAUGCGCGGCUCGUGGGACGAGUGCACGACGGCGGCGCUGCACGCGCGCAUCCUGGAGGCGCACCGCGGGCCCGGCGCGGCCGAGCCGGCCGGCUGCGAGCCCGCGCUCGAGCUGGCCGCGCCCACGCCGCUGCUGCCGCUGCCCACGCUCUCGUUCAGCGCCGCGCAGGUGGCCACCGUGUGCGAGACGCUCGAGGAGAGCGGCGACGUGGAGCGGCUGGCGCGCUUCCUCUGGUCGCUGCCGGUGGCGCACCCCAACGUGGCCGAGCUGGAGCGCUGCGAGGCGGUGCUGCGCGCGCGCGCCGUGGUCGCCUUCCAUGCGGGCCGCCACCGCGAGCUGUACGCGAUCCUCGAGCGGCACCGCUUCCAGCGCUCGAGCCACGCCAAGCUGCAGGCGCUGUGGCUCGAGGCGCACUACCAGGAGGCGGAGCGGCUGCGCGGCCGGCCGCUGGGGCCCGUGGACAAGUACCGCGUGCGCAAGAAGUUCCCGCUGCCGCGCACCAUCUGGGACGGCGAGCAGAAGACGCACUGCUUCAAGGAGCGCACGCGCUCGCUGCUGCGCGAGUGGUACCUGCAGGACCCGUACCCGAACCCGACCAAGAAGCGCGAGCUGGCGGCGGCCACGGGCCUCACGCCCACGCAGGUCGGCAACUGGUUCAAGAACCGGCGGCAGAGGGACCGCGCCGCCGCCGCCAAGAACCGCUCCGCGCUGCUGGGCCGCGGCUUCGCCUCCUCCUCCACCUACGACGAGGACUCGGCCGACUCCGAGAUCAACGUGGACGAGGAG